AUGGGGAUCUUGCUGGAUCAGCUGGGCUACAUCGCCAUCUCCGUGCUGGCGGUCAGGCUGCUCUACAACGGGAGGUGGACGCUUUCCUCGCUGCUUUUGACUGGGCUAUCGGCGUAUGACAUCCCCGACGAGCCCGAUGAAAAGGCGCCGGAGAGGCGCUCUGGAGGCGGCUCUGAGCAGAUGCCCCGCAGGAGGCGCAGGCGCCUGGAACAGGAACGGCGGCACAAACUCGACUUGGGGAACGCGGAGGAGAUAGUGGUGAUGAAGCUGUCGAGGACCACCGUGGAGGAGUCGGAGUUCUUCAGCGUCUUUGACUAUUUGGUGAUGCUUGCUGCUCUCACUGCCAUCAAUUUUGCUUCUGGACUCGUUGGCGAAGCGCUAUUUGGUGUGAGGAAUUCUAUCACCGUGCCGUUGGCGAUCAUCACCAUUUUGGGAGGGGUGUGGGCCCUGGCACAGGUUGAACUGUUGAGUGACCUCACUCCUCGCCACGAACGCAUGUACAUGUUUGGCCUGGUGGCGUGUUUGUUCGCUGCCUGCUAUGCAUUCCUCCUCUUAGCACCCCUUUGGAUGGUGGACUUCAAACUCCAGGCUUCCAUAAAAGAGCUGGGAGUGGCAGUAACAAAAGCAGUGGCUGCCAGGCUACAACAGCCCAAAGGUGAGGUGCCAACCGUGAUGUUCGACCCACUUGUAGUCUUUCUGCCCCUCUCCGCUGUGUGCUGCGUGCUUGGAGGCCUCAUGUUUACACCAGCAGUCAGGGGCAUGAGGAGCCACUACUUGUGGCAGUCUCCCCCAAGGGACCUCCGCCACUUUAUGGAACCUGGAGUGCUGACAGUGGCCAUCCUUCAAUUGCGGUUCCUUGCGGCACUGUUGUGCAUUAUUUCAUGGAUCGAUCCUGUAAUCGAGCUGCUGAACGGCCCUCCAUGGCUGUUGGAGGUGUCGAAGCCAACGUUGGUCCUGCUAUGGGCUGUGCUUCAGCUAGCCAGCUUCAGGCCCCUUGUACAGGGUUACCUGCAUGGUGCACUUGUUCAGUGGCACAGCCUCAGGAUGAGAGGCGGCGACAAGAAAGAUGAACAGUCUAUCAAGACGAUCAUCACGCUCAAGGUCCAGGUGAACACCUUUCUGUUGUGCAGGGUGGGCGUCCAAAUGCUGGCACCAGCUGUGAUCACUGCUUGCUGUGGGCUGGUAAUGAUUGUCAUGCGAGUCUGGAUGGCUGGAGGCGUCACGGUGUCAGACGAUGGCGAGUCGGCCUUCCCAUCGAUGGCACUUUACCACUUUGGAGGCUUCUGUGCUUGGUGGACGUGCCUGCUGUGGUUCAUAUAUUCCGGGCUGACCUUGAGCAUGUACAGGUUUGGCUUGCUUGUAAACUAA